GACGUACGGAUGGCGGAGGGGCGCGAGGUUUCAAGAUGGCGGGGCUGUGUGGUUGACCGGGAGCCAGAGGUGAAGGCCCCUCUAAAGUAAAAGAGGCCAGGAAUCGUCCCUCCCCCGCCUCAAGCAAUCCUCGGAGCCCAGCGGAAGUGUUUUUUUUUUUUUUCUUAAUGAUAGUGAAACACACAUACUGUCAAGAUGGGACGAAGAUCUACAUCAUCCACCAAGAGUGGAAAGUUUAUGAACCCCACAGACCAAGCCCGAAAGGAAGCCCGGAAGAGAGAAUUAAAAAAGAACAAGAAACAACGCAUGAUGGUGCGAGCUGCGGUUCUGAAGAUGAAGGAUCCCAAGCAGAUUAUCCGGGACAUGGAAAAAUUGGAUGAAAUGGAGUUUAACCCAGUGCAACAGCCACAGUUAAACGAGAAAGUACUGAAAGACAAGCGUAAAAAGCUGCGUGAAACCUUUGAACGUAUUCUCCGACUUUAUGAAAAAGAGAACCCAGAUAUUUAUAAAGAACUGAGAAAACUAGAAGUAGAAUAUGAACAAAAACGGGCUCAACUUAGCCAGUAUUUUGAUGCUGUUAAGAAUGCUCAGCAUGUGGAAGUGGAGAGUAUUCCCCUGCCGGAUAUGCCACAUGCUCCUUCCAACAUCUUGAUCCAGGACAUUCCACUUCCUGGUGCCCAGCCACCCUCCAUCCUAAAGAAAACUUCAGCCUAUGGACCUACAACCCGGGCAGUUUCUAUAUUUCCUCUUCUUGGACAUAGUGUACCACGUUUGCCCCCUGGCAGAAAACCCCCCGGCCCUCCACCAGGCCCCCCGCCGCCUCAGGUCCUACAGAUGUAUGGCCGCAAAGUGGGCUUUGCCCUGGAUCUCCCCCCUCGCAGGCGCGAUGAAGACAUGCUGUAUAGUCCUGAGCUUGCUCAGCGGGGUCAUGACGACGAUGUCUCCAGCACGAGUGAGGAUGAUGGCUAUCCUGAGGACAUGGACCAGGAGAAGCACGAUGACAGCUCUGAUGACAGUGACACCGACAGAUCAGAUGGAGAGAGUGAGGGGGAUGAAUUUGCGCAUCGUGACGACAAUGACCGAGACAACAAUGAAGAAAAAAAAUCAGGUCUGAGUGUGCGGUUUGCUGAUAUGCCUGGAAAAUCGAGGAAGAAAAAGAAGAACAUGAAGGAGCUGACGCCGGUCCAAGCCAUGAUGCUCCGGAUGGCAGGUCAGGAAAUCCCUGAGGAGGGUAGAGAAGUAGAGGAAUUUUCCGAGGACGACGAUGAUGAUGAUUCUGAAGAUUCUGCAGCAGAAAAGCAGUCACAAAAGCAGCAUAAAGAAGAUUCCCACUCUGAUGGCACGUCUGCAUCUUCGCAGCAGCAGGCUCCUCCCCAGUCUGUUCCUCCCUCUCAGAUACAAGCACCCCCCAUGCCAGGACCCCCUCCUCUUGGACCACCACCUGCUCCACCCUUACGACCUCCUGGACCACCUACUGGCCUUCCUCCGGGUCCACCUCCAGGGGCUCCUCCAUUCCUGAGACCACCUGGAAUGCCAGGACUCCGAGGGCCUUUACCGAGACUUUUACCUCCAGGACCCCCACCAGGCCGUCCUCCUGGUCCUCCCCCAGGUCCACCUCCAGGUCUUCCUCCUGGCCCUCCGCCUCGGGGACCCCCACCAAGAUUACCUCCCCCUGCACCUCCAGGCAUCCCUCCACCUCGUCCUGGCAUGAUGCGGCCACCUCUGGUGCCUCCACUCGGACCUGCUCCACCUGGGCUUUUCCCACCAGCUCCCUUGCCCAACCCAGGGGUUUUGAGUGCCCCACCCAACUUGAUUCAGCGACCCAAGGCGGAUGAUACAAGUGCAGCCACCAUUGAGAAGAAAGCCACAGCAACCAUCAGUGCCAAGCCUCAAAUCACUAAUCCCAAGGCAGAGAUUACUCGAUUUGUUCCCACCGCACUGAGAGUACGUCGGGAGAAUAAAGGGGCUUCUGCUCCCCAAAGAAAGUCAGAGGAGGAUUCUGCUGUGCCCCUCGCCAAAGCAGCCCCCAAGUCUGGCCCUGCUGCUCCUGUUUCUGUACAAACUAAAGAUGAUGUUUAUGAGGCUUUCAUGAAAGAGAUGGAAGGGCUGCUGUGACAGCCUCAUGCCAGAGUGGACUUCUUCACGACAGAGGCUCAUGAAGAAAGAUGCUCUUAUUAGACUUGGGGUAAAGAGCUGCUUCCACUGUCAGGGUAUUUUCUAAUUUGAGUACAAGGAAUAUCCUGAAAUUUAGCCUUCUUCAGAAUUUGCUGCGUAUGUAAGAGAGGGUACUGCGCUCAGAAUAACGGGCUGUCAAAGCAGUGCUGCUGGCACCCGUUCCCUGGCACGCCACCACGUCACCCCGUCUUUCCCUUUCUCCAGCUCUUUGGAAAUGUGUGAUCAAGGGAAUCGUAGUUAUUAUUUGUUCUGACUGUUGCGUGCUGUGGGCACUGGAAUAGAGAUUCCCAGAAAACCAGUUUAUCUCAUCUUGCCCUUUGUGUUUAUUUUUAAUAUUUUCCUGUAAAUAUUUUGUAAUAUUUUACUUGUAGUGAAAUGGGUCACAAUGUCAUUUCCUAAUACAAAGCAGGAUAUGUGGGAAGAAAAUGUACAAUUCUUUGAUUAAAAAUAUUUCCCACUGACUUAAACUUGAGUGUUUCGAGGAAAACAAAUAAAUACAUGUUCUACACCAAAA